GGGCGCCAGUUCGGCUCCGCGCGGCGAAGACCCGGAGCAUGGAAAUUCGCCCAAGGAAUGCCCCCGCCCAGCCCUGCUGCGCAUGCUCGCUCGGUGACCCCAGCUUGAGGUGACGGCCCGAACCGAGGCGUGUCCCCAAGCAGGAGGUUGCGGGACCUGCUGCGGUUCGGACGCCGGAGAGGGAGGGCUCUGCUGCCGCCGCCGUCCAGCCGCGCCCGCCCAGAAGCCAGGGGUCCUGGAGUGACUGAGGAUUCUCUGCACACCUCUACCGCCUUGUCUCCUCCCAGCUGAGGCAGCGCCCCGGCUCAGGACAGAGCCCCUGGACUGCCAGCUUCCCGAGCUGGGAGGAGGAGGAAGAGGACAAGAACUCCACCUGCUGGGUCCUGAGCGUGGUCGCAGGGACGACCCAUCAUCCCAGAAUGCCCCUGCCGGAGCCCAGCGAGCAGGACGGCGAGAGUGUGAAGUCUGGCCAGGAGCCAUCCCCGGAGUCCUCUCAGCCAAGCACAGAUGUCGUCCCCGCUGCACCCAGGAAGCCCAGAAAGUUCUCCAAACUGGUCCUGCUGACGGCCUCUAAGGACAGUGCCAAGGUGGCAGGGGCCAAGCGCAAAGGAGUGCACUGCGUCAUGUCCCUGGGGGUGCCCGCCCCUGCCACCCUUGCCAGAGCCCUCCUCAAGAUCCAUCCUGAGGCUCAGAGGGCCAUCGAGGCGCCCCCCCAGGAGCCUGAGCAGAAACGCAGCAAGCCGGACAUAGACGGAAAAGAAGAUGGAAAGUUGGCAGGGCAGUCUGCCCCCAGGACCGAGGUGGUGGGGGAGGAGCCCAUCGCAGACGCCGUCAUGCCCAACACGCUCCUGUAACUCUGACAAACACGGGUAUGCCCUUACUGGGUCAAUGAACUUGGCUGUGACUUCCGCUGGGGACCCAGUUGCAACUGAUUUUCACUCUCAGACAUUGUGUAAUGUUUUCCAAAUCAAGUAUAAAUUACUUUUAUAAACAGAAAAAAAAAAAAAAAACCUCAAACAGGAUCAAAGAAGCUAUAUGCUAGGUCCCAUUAUGGGCAGGUUUUAAACCCUUCUGUGGUCCUUUGAGACCCCACUUGCAAAGGACCCACGUGGGUCCUUUGAGAGGCCCACCAGCCCUCCCAGGGCUCUUUCCCAGGACCCCAGCCCCUCCACCUGGAGAGCCAUCACUGGCCCAGAGACUAGGUAGGGUCUCUGAAUUUUCUCCUUCCUGCUGCUCCUGGUCUGAAAGGGGGACAUUGGGACCCCCCCCCAGGCCUGAGCCCCUGGGCAGGCUUUCUGGCCCCUCCCUGAUCGUCCCUCCCAGGCCUGUUCCCAGGAGGCUUCAGCCUGCUGGUGCCAGAUCAUCAGGAGGCUCGCCUCCUCCAGGAAGCCCACCACCUGACAGCUUCCCCCACCCCUCAUGGGGGCCUGUGUUCGUGGCUGUUGGGGGUUUUGCCGGGGAGGGUGUGGGCCUGCAGUAUGGCAGGCCGAUCCCAACAGAAGUGUACGAUAACCCUACCAUGUUCCUUCUGGGGGUGUUUUGGGGGCUGAGAUUCCUGGGCACCCAAGCCCGUCCCCUCCAUUCACCCUGGGUGUCACCCCUGGAGGCCCCCCCACAGGAAAGGCUUAGUUCAGCCUCCUUCACCUCCCGUGGUCUUCGUUUUGUGAAAACUGCCAUCAGGCAAAGGAAACAGAUUAUUUCUAAAAAGUUGAGACCAGAGGCCUUACGUUUUUGAACAUCAGUUUUCCGAAUUUAGCCUGUAUCUAUGGACCCCUCUAGGCAAAGGGAGUUCCUCAGCCCCCUCCUGGCCCAGCUCCUCCCUGGUUAUCCCUGUAUCCCUCCAGCGAGGUUGUUACAUUUAUAUUCUGUAACCAUCCUUUGAAACGUUCCUUUGUCUUCAUUUGAUAUUUAAAUAGAUUCCCGCUCCCCACCACGUUUCUCCUUUCCUGUGGCUCUGGGUCAUCCCCUUGGUGGGCUGGUGGUCAGUUGACAAGAAGGUUGGAGGAGUUGGUGGUGGGGCGCCCCCUGAAGGCAGAGUGAAGAAGGCGUUGGGGGGACAGGGGGCUGGCUAGGGGCGACUUGGUGCGGCUGGGCCUGCUGUCCCUGCUGUCCUGGCCGCUGGCAGUACAUGGUGGGCAGUGGCUCUGGGUCUGGGGGCUGGGAGCCCAUAGGGAGGAUUCCAGGCUCAUGAUGGGGAGUGGGUGGCUGGGGAAGGAUUUACACAGAUGAGGGACAGGGUUAGCCUCAUUUUACAAAGCCCUCAGGCACCAUGAAGGGAACGGACUAGAAGUGUCCAAUGUGGCUUCUGAAAGGCUGGCAAGGAGGCCACCACAGCCUUAAGGGAGAGGAGAUAGGGGAGGUCGUGGUGCUGGCAAGACCUGACAUUGGGUCAGUGACCGGUUGUCCCAUCUGGGAGGGACAGUGUCGGCAAUCAGGAGGAGAGUUGAUGUGUUCCUGUGAAGAGUGGUUCCCUCAGAUGUUAGAGCAGAAGAUCCUCAGAGGUCACAGAGGUAAGUAAGCGCUGGGUCUCUGCACUCUGUGCGUGUGUGGGAUCUUCAUUAUAGAGCAAAGGGGGCUCUGAGUCAAGAGUCAGCGUACCUGUGAGGCUCCAUCUGUUCAGCUCAGGUCACCAUCUCAGGGCCAUGAGAUGGAACCC